AUGGAAGGAAAUUAUACACAAAGUGUGUAUACUCAAAAGUAAGGCACUGAUGCUAUAUGGAUACUAGUUUCUGCUGGGUUUAUUUUCUUUAUGACAGCAGGUUUCACUCUCAUUGAAAGUGGGGCAGUAAGAUACAAAAAUAGAAGCUCAGUGCUGAUUAAAAACUUAUUCAAUGUUUGCAUAUGCGCUAUUGCUUUCUGGCUAGUAGGCUAUGGAUUUGCUUUUGGUAACCCUGAAUACUUCAUUGGCAAUGAUUAAAAAUUCUACUCAUCAUAUGGGUUUGAACAAUAAGAAUAGGAUCACUAUCUCUUAUGGGUUAUUCAGUUUGCAUAUUGCAUGAUUGUAGUAACAGUUUAUUAAGGAGCAUUAGCUGAGAGAACAUAGAUUGCAGGCUAUGUGAUCAUGACCUUUUUACUCGCAGGAUUUGUUUAUCCAGUGAUUUUAGCUUGGACCUGGGGUUAAGGUUGGCUUUUUGAUAAAGGUUUUCAUGACUUUGCAGGUACAGGAAUCGUACAUUUAGUAGGAGGGACUACUGGAUUCUGGGGUGCAGUCGUAGUAGGAGAAAGACAAGCAAAAUAAAGAUUAAGAGUUCAGGGAGCUAAAGAGUAGCCUUUAUUAGAUGAUAAGACCAAAAGAUUAAUUGGAAGAAGAAACGCUGAUUUUAACUAAAUUGCAUAAAAGCACUCUAAGAGAAAUUCUCAUGCAUUGAUUGCUAAUAACAACACAUUUAUUGUGCUUGGCACUUUAAUUGUCAUUACAGGAUAUAUGUUUUUCACUGGGGGUAGAACUUACUCACAAUUCGUGCCGAGAACAGGAGCUCCUGCAAAAAUUAUUCAAAAUACCUUGAUAUCCUGUGCUUUCAGUGGUCUUGUCUCAUUUGGUUUGAAGCCAUUAGUACUUGGAAACUAUAACAGAGCAACUAAGUAUGAUUGCUUGACUCUUUGCAACGGAAUUCUGAUAGGUUUAGUCUCCAUAGCUGGAGUAGCAGAUAGAGUUUAGAAUUGGGGAGCAGUUUUGAUUGGUUCAAUUGCUGCAGUUUUUUAUGUAGGAGGAUGUAUAUAUCUUGAAUUUUGGAGAAUUGAUGAUCCACUUGAAGUAUUUUAAGUUCAUGGACUUGGAGGUGUUUGGGGCCUCUUUGCUACAGGUUUCUUUGACAAUAUACAUGGAGCUCUUUACAAAGGUGCCUUGAAAUAAGGUCAUUUCAUGGGUUACUAGAUCGUUGGAAUAGUAGUAAUUGUAGCGUGGACUUCACUAAUUACUCUAAUAGGCUUCUAUGUUUUGAGAAAAUUGCACCUACUCAGAGUUGAUAAAGCUAUUGAAGAGAUUGGUUUUGAUGUAGCUGAAUUAGGUGGAGUUAGCGAUGAAUUCUUAAAUGCUGUUAGGUAAUAAAUCAACUCAAAGAGGAGCGAUAAGGUAGAAACUCAAACUGAUGAUGAGUAAGAAGAUGAUGAAGAAUAUAUUAAGAAGCAACUAUAGGCAAAAUAAGAUGAUAUAGUUUCUAAAUAUUUGAACAGUGCACCUCUUAAAGAGCUGAAGGGUGAAGCAUACCUUUUCUGA